AUGGGGCAUGGGUCAUGGGAUGUGGAUGAUCAAGCUGCAUAUUUUAAGCUGGCAUUGGAUAGAAGAAGCAACAUAAAUGCCAUCAGUGCUUAUGAGUAUGAGUAUUUUAAGUUUGCCCUCCAAUGGCCACCAACGUUGUGCAUGGCUCAACCUAGUGAUCAUAGAAUGACUCCAAUUCCCAACACAUUUAUUGUUCAUGGUUUAUGGCCAACCAACAGGACCAUACAGAAGGAAAAGGGAGCUAGAUGCGAAGACAACGAAUUUUCUUAUAGCCAGAUUAAGAGUUUGGAGCAUAGACUCCAAUUAUUCUGGCCAAUUUUCAUUGGGAAGCAUAAAAAGUUUUGGGAGUAUGAGUGGGAUACAUAUGAGGCUUGGGAUGUGGAUGAUCAAGCUGCAUAUUUUAUGCUGGCAUUGGAUAGAAGAAGAAGCAUAAAUGUCAUCAGUGUUCUUCAAAGCAAGAACAUUCAGCCAUCAAGAACCAAAAAGUAUCAUCAAUAA